GAUGGAUUACAGAGUCCCCGGCGCCGUCAGUAAUGGCGAAACGGUGCCUGCACACCCCAGCAUGGAAAAGGAGAAGGAGGAGGACGACCAGACCCUGGAGCGAGGGCAGUGGAACAACAAGCUGGAGUACGUCCUGUCUGUGGCUGGGGAGAUCAUCGGCCUGGGAAAUGUCUGGCGCUUCCCCUACCUCUGCUACAAGAACGGUGGAGGUGCCUUCUUCAUCCCCUACCUCAUCUUUCUCUUCACCUGCGGGAUCCCGGUCUUCUUCCUGGAGACAGCGCUGGGGCAGUACACCAGCCAGGGAGGGGUGACAGCCUGGCGCAGGAUCUGCCCCCUUUUUGAAGGAAUUGGCUAUGCCUCACAGGUCAUUGUCGUGCUGCUGAACUUCUACUACAUCAUUGUCCUGGCCUGGGCCUUGUUUUAUCUCUUCAGUUCAUUCACCAUUGACCUCCCCUGGGGCAGCUGUGACCAUGAGUGGAACACAGGGAACUGCAUGGAGUUCCAGAAGGCGAACUCAACGCUCAACGUGACCAGCGAAAACAUCACCUCCCCUGUCAUCGAGUUCUGGGAGUAA